GGAAGGCGGCAAGCAAGAAAGACGCACUCGCCUGCCGGGUGGCCACUGUGGCCUCGAGAAGCAAGGCGCAUUCUUGAAGCAGGAGAAGAAAGCGGAGGCAAAGCGUGCGACUACGCCGUCCGCCAUCCCCAACACCGAGUGCGUUGUUGCCACUACAAUUUCAUCGGCAUGGUGGACUCAAAAAAAGAGACGCUGGCGGUUUCAUUUUACUCUGGAGGAUAUGCGAAGACGAUCAUCCGCAUCGUGAUGCUGCCGCUCGUGCCGCUGUUGCUCGUGCUGGCAUGCGACUCGCCGGACGGGGGCCUCCUGCAAGUGCCGCGGCUCCCCUGCUCGCCUCUCGAGCUCUGGGACGGAACCGCGUUCCUCGUCGUCCUCGGCUGGUGUCUCCUGCAGUGCGCCCUCUACUCGCUGCCCAUGGGCACGGUGGCAGAAGGAACACCAUUGAAAAGUGGGAAACGAUUGAAGUACAACCUGAACGGUGUACAGGCCUACCUCGCCUCCAUGGGGCUGGUCGCCCUGGCCUACGGUGCAGGGCUCGAUCUCACCAUCGUCGCGGAGCGCUACCUCCAGCUGCUCGUGUCCGCCAUCCUCUUGGGUGUCAUCGUCAGCCUCCUGCUCUACAUCAAGUCGUUCUCGGCGCCAAUCACGGAACUGGUGCCGGAGGGAAACACGGGGCGGGUGAUCAGCGAUUACUACAUGGGCCGCGAGCUGAACCCCAAGAUCGGAGAUCUGGAUCUCAAGUUUGUCUUCAUGAUGCGCGUUGGCUUUCUCAGCUGGGGACCUAUCCACGCCUGCAUGCUGGCCUGGGCAUUCAAGACGUAUGGAUACCUUCCAUUGCCUCUCAUCCUCAUCACGAUCUUCCACGUCACCUACGCGGCUGACCUUGUGCUCGAGGAGGAUUUUGACCUCACGACGCGUGAGAGCAUCUCGACGGGGCUGGGCUACGCGGUGGUGUGUGGGGAGCUGACAUGGGUGCCCUUCGUCUACAUCAUCCAGGCCUACUUCCUGCUCAGACAUCCACAGCCACUGUCCUGGCCAGGGGCAGCUGCUAUCGCAGCCCUCUUCUUCAUUGGAUUCUGGAUCUACAGAAGCUCCAACGCUGAAAAGAAUGGCUUCCGGAAAAACCCAAACCACCCCGACUAUGCGCACCUGCAGAAGAUCUCGACGGCGCACGGGAAGAGCCUCUUGGUAUCGGGCUGGUGGGGCUGGCUCCGGCACCCCAACUACCUGGGAGACAUCAUCAUGGCGGUGGCGUGGGCCCUUCCCUGCGGUGUGAGCCACCUGGCACCCUACGUGUACCUGUUGUUCUGCAUCACCAUAUUGGUGGAGCGCGACGCGGUGGACGAGGAGGACUGCCGGCGCAAGUACGGCCCCGCCUGGCUGGAGUACUGCCGCAGAGUCAAGUACCGUAUCGUUCCCUACGUCUACUGAUCUCACGUCGCCGUGGCUUCCGACGGGAUCCUGCCGGUGAACAUUGAUGGUUGCCGCGUCAUUGCUCCGCCAACGUCUACCGGUGCCCCCGAUGGAACGCUGCGCUACGCACGCACAAUACAUGUUCAGCUCCUUUGUCAAUCCAUUGUUGGAUGACGGCCUCCAAACCACAAUGUCCAUGAUCCCCACACCUUCAAAGGUAAAGGUGUCCCCCCCCCGAUAGCCGCACAGACUGCUGUGGCAAGUGCUGUUAGCGAGCACUCCACCUUCAUACACGCUCACACUCAAACACGCCAUAGAUUUAAGCAUGUAUGACUUACAAAGGCUGUUCGCGAACACCGGUUAGGAGCUGCACUGAGCAUGGGGAAGUGCUGUGGUCAGCACCAAGCCAGGCUGCCCUCGUACCCCCGGUGUUGAUGUUUACAUAGAUUACCAGGUCGUCAUUUAAAGGCUGAGUCAACCUGGGGGAGAUCCUGUACCAAUGCAGAUAUACAGUAAGCCCUCUCUAUCCGCGAGGGUUACGCUCUUGAAAACGAAUGCAGAAUUCGCGAAUUCAGAAACCUUCACAUGGGAAAAAUGGGGUUGUGUUCAUGUUACGAGUGAACAUA